AUGCCCGAUUGCAUCCGCCACUCAAUGGCUUCUUCUAAUACUGCCCAUAGGCACCAAAACUUCUCUCAACACUCAGAAUGGGUGAGGGCUUACUGUGAAUUGAAGAGGGUUGAUGAGGCUUUUGAAUGUUUUAAUAUGAUGAAGGAAAAGGGUAUUGUACCCAAGAUUGAAACCUGUAAUGAUAUGUUGAGUUUGCUGUCAAAGGUGAAUAGAACGCAGGCGGCAUGGGUUUUGUAUGCUGAGAUGUUUAGGUUGAGGAUAAAAUCGAGCGUGUAUACAUUUAAUAUAAUGAUUAAUGUGUUGUGUAAGGAAGGGAAGUUGAAGAAGGCAAAGGAGUUUAUUAGGUUUCUGGAGGGUUUAGGGAUUAAGCCUAAUAUUGUCACAUAUAAUACGCUAGUACAUGGGUUUUGUUCUAGAGGGAAGGUUGAAGUGGCUCAAAUGAUUGUUAAUUCCAUGAAAGGCAAAGGUGUUAAACUAGAUUCAUACACCUAUGGUUCGCUUAUUAGUGGGAUGUGUAAGGAGGGAAAGCUUGAGGAGGCAGCUAGGCUACUUGGUAAAAUGGUGGACAAUGGGUUGGUUCCAAGUGCUGUGACAUACAAUGCUUUGAUUGAUGGGUAUUGCAAUAAAGAGAAUUUGGAGAUGGCUUUUUGUUAUAGGGAUGAGAUGGUUAGGAAGGGCAUAAUGCCAAGUGUGUCAACUUACAAUUUGUUAAUUCAUGCAUUGUUUUUGGAGACUAAAAUGAGUGAGGUUGAUGAUUUGAUAAAGGAAAUGGGAGAGAAAGGUUUGGUUUCUGAUGCCAUUACAUAUAACAUCAUGAUUAAUGGGUAUUGCAGAUGUGGAAAUGCAAUAAAAGCUUUUAGGCUCCAUGAUGAGAUGAUGAUUAAAGGGAUUCAGCCUACAGGGGUAACAUAUACCUCACUCAUUUAUGUUUUGAGUAAAUGCAAUAGAAUGAAGGAAGUAGAUGAUUUAUUUGAGAGGAUACAACGUAAAGGUGUGUUGCCAGAUCUUGUAAUGUUCAACGCCUUGAUUGAUGGUCAUUGUGCUAAUGGUAGUAUGGACCAUGCAUUUUCUCUUUUGAAAGAGAUGGAUAGGAUGAAGGCUCCUCCUGAUGAAGUGACUUACAAUACAUUAAUGCAAGGGCACUGUAGGGAGGGGAAAGUUGAAGAAGCUCGUGAACUUCUCAAUGAGAUGAAGAGAAAGGGGAUCAAGCCAGAUCAUAUUAGUUACAAAACUCUCACGAGGUGA